AUGAGGAUAGCAGCAAAAGCCAUCGUCAACGGCUCCGCCUCAGAUGAGGUGCUUUACUCCUCCACGCCUCUCAGCUUCUGGGGAGGCGUCGGACAGGACACAGGCAAGAUCAUCGACCACCACCAUCCUCUCUUCGGCCAAAACAUCAAAGACCGGGUCCUUGUGUUACCCUCAACUCGCGGAUCCUGCAGUGGAAGUCUAGUGAUGAUCGAACUGCUGGUGAACAAAGUUGCCCCUGCAGCGCUCAUCUUCAGAGACGCCGAAGAGAUCGUAACAACAGGAGUCCUCGUCGCACAAACACUCCUCAACCUCUCCAUCCCAGUUUACCGAGUCAGCACAGAGCAAUUCAACACUCUGCGAUCGCAGAAAUACAUCUCUACCUGCAGUUCCGACUACCCCGACCUCCUAGGCAGCCCAGCACGACUCCCAACACAACCGGAAGACUCGCCACUACCCCAAACCGCAAUACCAAACCCAGACAUCACAAACCACAUCUACCUAACACCAACGGACAAAGCAAUCCUAAGCGGCUCGAACGGCACCGCCGCAUCCCUCGCAAUGAAAAUCCUGCUACAAUACGCACACCUCCAAAACGCCCACCAACUCACCCCGGUCUCGCGCGCCCACAUCGACGCCUGCAUCUACACCGGCCCAGCAAGCAACCUCAUCGCACAAACAUUCCUCACCCAGCACGCGCGCGUUGCCGUACCCACAACCCUAAACUCCAUCUCAAUCGACCAGCGGCGAUGGCGCGAGCUCGGCAUGGACGAGGAUCUCGCGCGGGAAGCGAACAAGCUCGCGAAUAGCUAUGUCGCCAUGGGCGCGACAAAUAGCUUCACCUGUGCGCCGUACUUGUUAGAUGAUUCCGUCCCGCAGGCUGGAGAGAGUAUCGGCUGGGCGGAGUCGAAUGCGGUGGUGUUUGCGAAUAGUGUGCUUGGGGCGCGCACGCAGAAGUAUCCGGAUUUGAUUGAUGUUUGUAUUGCACUGACAGGGAGGGCGCCGCUUGCUGGGGCGCAGACGGGCGAGGGUCGGGUUCCUGUGGUUUGCCUUGAAGUGUCUGUAAGGCCAGACCAGGUGCUUGCGAUGGAAGAUGCAUUUUGGCCGUUACUGGGGUAUGCGGUUGGCAAGGUCGUAGGGGGUGAGAUUCCCUUGAUUACGGGGUUGGAGGGGAUGAAGAGCCAGCCUACGAUGUCUGAUUUGAAGGGUUUUGGCGCGGCGUUUGCUACGACGGCUUCGGCGCCUAUGUUCCAUAUUGCUGGUGUGACACCUGAAGCAGCGCAGUUCUAUCCGGCUGGAUUGCGGCGGGUUCAGCUGACGGAGAGGAACCUAUGCGCUGCUUUGUAUGAGCUUACCACGGCGAGCGAUGAGACAGUUGGGCUUGUCUCGCUGGGAAACCCGCACUUCUCUCUGGAAGAGUUCGCCCGGUUGAGCGAACUCUGCGAUGGCACGCGUAAAGCAUCAUCGGUGCAGAUGAUAAUCACUACGAACCGGCAAAUCUACGCGCAAGCCUGCGCUGCUGGAUAUAUCAGCACCGUCGAAGCUUUUGGAGCCGAUAUCAUCACGGAUACAUGCUGGUGUAUGAUCUCCGAGUCGGCGAUUAGGAAGGAUGUGGUGAACCUGAUGACGAACUCGGCUAAGUAUGCGCAUUACGCACCGGGGAUAGUGCAUCGAGGGGUGCACUUUGGGAGUCUAAAGGACUGUGUUACUGCUGCAGAGCUGGGACGAGUUGAGGACCUUAUGGCUAUAGAUGUAGAGUCAUGA